AUGUUGCAGCACAUGGUGUUGAUAAUUUGUGUCACUGACACAGAUUUCUCUCUCUCUCUCUCUCUCUCUGUCUUUCUCCUCCCCCCACCUCUGCCUUUGCUGCCUGAUUCCAAGCAACGCCCUGUCAAGCAGUCCUUGAGUGCUUGCAUGUGCAGAGAAUCCCACUGGAAAUGCCUCCUCCUCUCCAUCCUUAUGUACGGCUGCCUGGGUGCUGUGGCCUGGUGUCAGCUUGCCCGAGUCACCAAGCUCAACUUUGAUAGCUCCUUCAAAGGCAAGUCCAUGAUCUACCAUGACAGCCCAUGCUCUGAUGGCUAUGUCUAUAUCCCAUUAGCCUUCCUAACCAUGCUGUAUGCAGUCUACCUGGUGGAGUGCUGGCACUGCCAUGUCAAAAGCGAGCUCCAGUACAAGGCCGAUGUGGACAACGUCUAUGAAUGCAUCAAUCGCAUGCAACAAGCCACGCCGUGUAUCUGGUGGAAAGCCAUCAGCUACCACUUUGUGCGACGCACCCGGCAGGUGACCCGGUACCGUAAUGGAGAUGCUUAUACUACCACGCAAGUCUACCAUGAGCGAGUCAACACCCAUGUGGCUGAAGCCGAGUUCGACUACUCUCAUUGUGGAUACAAGGACAUCUCCAAGGAACUGCUGGGCCUGGAAUGCUACACAGCCACCAAGCUGAAGUUCACCAAAUGCUUCAGCUUUGCCAGUCUAGAGUCUGAGAACUCCUACUUGACCCAGAGAGCUCACUUUUUCACAGAGAUUGAGGGACUGGAUGACUACAUGGAAGUCAGGGAAGGUAUGCAGCUCAAAAAUGUAGAUUUCAAAGAGCUCAUGAUGGCGUAUGGGGAUCCAGACCAUCUCCCAUGGUACGUGUCCCACUAUACUUUCUGGGUGGCAGCUAUCUUGAUGAUAUCAUGGCCACUGAGAGUGCUUAUAGAAUAUCGGACUGCAUAUGUGCAUUACCAUGUAGAGAAGCUCCUUGGCCUUGAGUACACAGCACCGACCACAGCAGAGGAGCCCUUAUACAGGUAUCGCAUGCCCAGAGACAACACUCAGGACAGUACUGAACUGGAGUGGCAUAUCUGUACCAACCGGCAGCUGAUCCCCAGCUACUCAGAGGCCAUGCUAAUGGAUCUGACAGAGACCCCUGUGUACAACAGCUACUCUGUAUGCCAGUACAGUGAAAUUGCUCAUGGCUGUGAGCAGUGCCAUCAUACCUCCAGUACCUCCUCCAUCUUCUCUCGCCAUGCCUUCCACAGUUGUAGUGGGAACUCCCGGCUCUCCCUCAACACCAGCCGUUUCUCCUUGUGCCGCAUCCAUGGCUCCCACAGGACAGGCCUCUGGAGGAGUCGCAGCAGCAGUAUAGCAGACCGGGGCUGCCAUGAUGAACAAUGUUGCUCUUACUCCAGCCAGCUGGCCAUCAAUGAAAACCCACCAACCUACCAUGAUGCCCGUUUCUUCCCCGUGCUAAUUGUGCACAGGCCCGAAGGGCAUGACAGAAGGCACUUCUACAUUCGACGCUCAUCCUGCCUGGAGACCUCUCUGUGAUAGGACCCUAUGGGCUUUAGAGCUUCCCUCCCCUAAGGCUAGCUUAGCUCCAUGGCUCUAGUUCUGUUUGACAGAGGUGCUACUAACAAAGAAAACAUACAUAUCAAGGCACUGCAUAGUAGCUCCACAAGGCAAUCCUCUGAUUCUAAAUUCCUUCCCUGAUAGUGCAAGAAAAUAUGUAUCUUGUGUCCAAAGGCUACCUUCCCUCUAUUUCCCUACCACUUUGUCUGUAUCUCUAUUUUCUCCUUUCUUUUCUCUUCUCAGAAAACAACACCUUUCUAUUUUUCCCUUCUCAUUUCCAUCUCCAUCUCCAUCUUUCUCUCACAUUUCAGGUAAGAUACUUUAAACCACUAAAGCAAUCACCAUUUCAGGAUAUUAAAGCAUUUUGAAAAUACUGAUGUAUUUACCUUCCUCACUCUCUCAUAAGGUAGGAAGCUGAGGAACAGGGCAGUAAAAUGACUUUGCCAAAGGACACGCAGAAGUCAAUGGCAAAGCCAGAAAUAGAACUCAUGGCUGCAGACUCCUAGUCUCUUGCUGUAACCUCCAAAUGAGGCUAACCUUCCCAAAGCUCUUUCAGUUUCCUUCUCUUUUGCUUCCUCCUUCUCUUCUCUCUCUCCAGGCAUCUUUCUUUGGUCUUCUCUCAGUUUUGCUUCCCAAGUUGUUUUCAUUUUUUCAUUCCUUCCAUCACAGAGUCUAGGAGUUCUGGGUCUUGCCCUAUCAAAGUGUCCUUCUUGCUUUCAGAGUUACAGCAAGUAUAUCUUGGUCAGAAACAAUGAGUAUGCCACACAAGGGUAACUGACCACUUGUAUAAACAAAAAUCCUACUCCUGGGCUGAGCACCCAGAACUUUCACUGAAGGAUCAUACACCAAAAGAAAUUUACCACUAAAGGAAGAAAAAAUCAUCCUUUUCUCAUCAGUUUUUAUGUCUUGUCUUCUACCCUAUGAAAAUUUUACAAAUGUUUCUUAUUUUUGCUAACCCCAGUUCUGCACCAUCAAAUUCAGCAAAUUUAGGAGCACUAGGGUAGACCAGUUGGCACUACCAUUUUCAGCAGCAUGGCCCUGAUUCCCAGUUAUUCCAUUCUUAUACUAGCAUAGCAGUGAUGUGGCUGAGGCCAAUGUAGCCAUAGUUUUACUUUAUGUAGACCCUGUAUUCUGGAGCUGUUUGGAGGCAGAUUUACUGCACAGCGUACAUGGGAGUGACCCCAGAGUGACCCUGAUUUACAUUCUGCUCUGUGUGAGACCAGGGAACCCUUGCUAGCACUGUAUACUAGGCUGCACCUCUACUCUAUUUUUGCCGUGCCACUCCAAAACACCAACAUGUCUAUUACACCAGGGACUUGCAUCAAGGCUGCCAUUGAGCCCUUAUAUCAGUUCUACCUUGGCCAGAAGGCUUGCUGCAGGUGAUAAAUGGGUCUCAGCAUUAUGUAUACUAUUGGAUUGGCUCCCAUGUCAUCUUUUACUGCUCUGAGCAAGUGUCUUAACCACUAUUACAUUUAGAUCUAGUGACUCCUCAAUAACAGGCAGUCCAGUGUGGUGAACACCAGUGGUGCUGACCUGACACUGAGUACAGGAGAUGGGACUCUUAAGCCUAUCAGUGACACUCCUGCUCUCCCCACUUGGCAGUCAGUGUAUCUGAACUAUUUCCUAGCUCCAAGAGCCAAAGCAAAGGCUGUUGAUCCUUCUCAGGAACCAUUAAGGACCAUCUCAGAAUGCAAACCUGCGCCCAGUAAAGGGCUGUCACAUAGCACAUGAGCCUUUGAAACUUUGCACUGGGGAGGGUGGAUGUCUUGAUCAUUCCUGGUUUGCAGUGAAUAUCAGAAUACAAUACCAUAUCUUCCAAAAAAUGAAGUGUUUUAACCUUUAGGAUAAGUAAGUAAGAAACAAUGUCCUGUAUGGAAUUGUCAAACACUGCUUGCUCCCUGAUCAGCUUCUUAUAUAUCCACUUGUAAUUUGGAACGUGUAAAGUCUGGUUAGUAUGUGUAGAUUAUAUAGCUCUAUGUAUCUAUACAUAUAUAGUUAUUUCUUAUGGCAUUGACUGUUGCAUCACAUGCAAUACAUUUUCUUUUGGUUUAAUUAUUCUCUGUUUUGUAAUACUGCAUUUAUUUCAUUACAAGAGACGUAUGGAUUACUUUCACUUAUGCAACCCAAAUGUGACCUACUGUAAAUGAUGGUAAUUGCAAUCAGAAAGGUUGUUUUGGUCUGUAUGAGUUCAUUUAUUUAUGUAAUUUUUGUGUAAGUGCCUAUCACCUUGACAGCUAGACAUUAAAAGUUAAGAGGCAUACAUGAUGCUUUUAGCUUGUUAUUUUGACAAAAGGACUUAAUUUUCUGCUCAGAUAACUGGAGAAGAAAGGCCUGGGUUUGGAGGAAUUUUUAGCCAUAGACUUAUCCCAAAAUCCCAAAUCUGAGAAACCACAAACUUUGAAAAAACUCAGACCAAGAUCCACGCUCAGGCAUAGAUCUUGAACAAACCCCAAACCCAGAUAUGACCAACACCCCAGCCUAACAUCACUUAGGUCUCGGCAAAAUUUUGGAUUAGGUUGAGUCAGCUCUGAUCUUUUACAGCUCUGGUUUAUCCCUGUGUUUUUGUUUUGUUUUAGAUGGAGCACUUGAGAUUCUCUAAUGUGCUUCCCUUCCUCCUCUACACACACGCAUACAAAAUUAAACUAUGGGCAUAUGGAAAAUUUGAAUUGGAGGAGGCUGCAACUUCAGGAAACACAAGGACUGGAGGAGACAUUUCAACAUUGUUUCUGAUGGAAGUAGAUGAAGGAUAGAGAAAAUAAAACAUGAAAGAUAGGAAAGCAUGAUAGAGGGCAUAGCAAUUAAAAGAAAGGCAGGGAUUCAAAUAUGGAAAAAGAUAGCUCUCAAUGUACAAUCACAAUUCCACGAAGCAACAUAUAUCAUAAUUAUAAUUACUGGGUGUUUACCCUGUGACACAGUCAAAAUGGGGUUUAGUCUUAUACUGCAGCUUUGUCUCUGAACCACGUCUGUGUAAAGCUUUAGCACAGUCACUCUGGGGUUAUAGUUAAAAGAACUUUUUGUCCCAUCUGCAGUAUCAAACUGACUUGUGCCUCAACUGUGUUUAUGGAAAGUUGCAUUAUAAGUGGGUCUUCAGGUACUGUCCCUAUUUUAUAGUAUUUUUAUCUGAUGUGAACAAGCCUUAACAACCCCAUUAUUAUCAUGGGCAGGGCAGAUCGUGGGAGGCAGUUACUGCUAAGCCAACAUAUUUAACCUUUUCAAAGAAUAUGUUUGUUAGGUCUGUGCUACAUCUGCGAGAAUGUCCACCAACAGGUUUCCAACAACUUUCCUUCCCACGCUGUAAACAUGCCUUGGGGCAUAUAUUGAAAAUC